AGUUAUGGUCGAUCCAUUAAAAAUCUUUUGGGUUUUGACAAAUAGCACCUAUUUGGUUACAAAAUUUGUACGCAUUGGUAUUGCCGACAAAAACGAUUCACCGCCAUAUUUCGAUAGAUUUCUGUACGAGACUGAAAUCGAUGAAAAUGCCGAUUUGCAGAGCACUGUCCUCACUGUCAACGCCAAGGAUCACAAUGAGUCGACGAAUAUUCGAUACCAGAUCACAGGCGGUAACAUAGGCAAUGCAUUUGCCGUGCAGAACACCACCGGUGUCAUCUACGUGGCAAGUCCACUUGACUACGAAACGAGGCCAAGGUACGAACUGCGCCUGGAGGCAACUCGCAAUCGCAAAAAUAAUUACACCACCGUUGUGAUCAACGUUCGCGAUGUCAACGAUAAUCCACCGGUAUUCGAUCGUCAAACAUAUCGUACACAAAUCACUGAGGAAGACGAUCGCAAUCUGCCCAAACGCAUUCUGCAGGUCACAGCCACCGAUGGCGAUGUAGAUAGACCAAUAAAUAUUGUAUAUUUCCUGACUGGCCAGGGCAUCGACCCUGAUAAUCCAGCGAAUAGUAAAUUUGAUAUAAAUCGCACGACGGGCGAUAUUUUUGUUCUCAAGCCCCUGGACAGAGAUCAGCCCAAUGGGAGGCCACAGUGGCGCUUCACAGUGUUUGCGCAGGACGAGGGCGGCGAAGGGCUGGUAGGCUAUGCGGACAUCCAGGUGAACCUGAAGGACAUCAACGACAAUGCGCCGCAGUUUCCGCAGGGCAUCUACUUUGGUAACGUGACCGAGAACGGCACCGCCGGCAGCUCGGUGAUGACCAUGUCCGCCGUCGACUACGACGAUCCCAACGAGAGCACCAAUGCCAAGCUAAUCUACUCGAUUGAGAAGAACGUCAUCGAGGAGGAGACGGGGGCGCCCAUCUUUGAAAUCGAGCCGGAGACGGGACUCAUCAAAACGGCUGUCUGUUGUCUGGACAGGGAGCGAACGCCCGACUACUCCAUCCAGGUGGUGGCCAUGGACGGCGGUGGACUCAAAGGUACUGGCACCGCCUCCAUUCGCGUCAAGGACCUCAACGACAUGCCGCCGCAGUUCACCAAGGACGAGUGGGUUACGGAGGUGGACGAAACGAAUGGCACUUACAUCCCAGAGACGCCCAUUCUCACGGUGACGGUUCAGGAUGAGGACGAAACGAACACAUUCCAAUACAAGGUGGUGCCGAACAGUGGUUUCGGGGCGGAUAAAUUUGCGAUGGUUCGGAAUGGCGAUGGAACGGGCUCACUGAAAAUCAUACAGCCCUUGGACUACGAGGAUCCGCUGCAAAGUAGUGGGUUCCGGUUCCGCAUCCAGGUCAACGAUAAGGGCGAUGAUGGCCCCGGUGGAAGUGACAAGUAUCACGUGGCCUAUUCAUGGGUGGUGGUGAAGCUGCGGGACAUCAACGACAAUGUGCCAAAAUUCGAUCGGGAGCACAUAGAGGUGUCCAUCUAUGAGGAUACGAAAGUUGGCACCGUCCUCGAGCAAUUUAAGGCCACGGAUGCCGACCAGGCGGGUCACUCCAAAGUAGCUUACAAAAUAGUUCGCUCCACGAAUCGCAAGAGACAAUUUGCCAUCAGUGACAGAGGAGCAGUGAGCAUACAAAGGCCUUUGGAUCGGGAAACUCAGGAUCGGCACCAUAUUCAGAUUUUGGCCAUUGACGAUGGAAGUCCUGCGCGAACGGCAACCGCAACUCUGACCGUGAUAGUAAAGGAUGUCAAUGACAAUGCACCGACUUUUGCCCAGGAUUAUAGGCCCACCUUACCUGAGAAUGUGUCUGGUAAGAAAAUUCUGGAGGUGGCCGCCAAGGAUCCCGAUGAUCGACUAAGGGGCAAUGGAGGACCCUUCACCUUUCGACUGGAUCCUCUGGCCAGCGACGAAAUAAGAGCGGGCUUUAAAGUGGAGUAUGACCGCAGAGGUGACAGUGGAAACGGGGUGGCCAUCAUCUCAUCCCUCCGCCCCUUCGACCGCGAGGCGCAAAAGAGCUAUGCCAUUCCCAUCGAGAUUAAGGAUAAUGGCGCUCCUGCCAUGACGGGCACCAGUACUCUGACCGUCACCAUCGGCGAUGUAAAUGAUAACAAAAUGCAGCCCGGCAGCAAGUCCGUGUUGGUGUAUAACUACCAAGGACAGUCGCAGGAUACGCCGAUAGGCAGGGUCUACGUCAACGAUCCCGACGACUGGGAUGUGCCGGACAAGAAGUACUACUGGGAGGUGCAGGAGCACCAGCGCUUCAAGCUGGAUACGGAUACUGGCAUCCUAACAAUGCGCGCUGGGACGAGGAGAGGUCGCUAUCAGCUGCGGUUCAAGGUCUACGAUCGUGAGCAUGGCCAGGAGGAUAUUCCUGCAAAUCUCAGCGUCACAGUGCGCGACAUAACAGCAGAGGCCGUUCAGCAGGCCGGGUCCAUGAGAUUGUCGCACAUAACCGAUGAGGAUUUCGUUAGAACCUGGAACCCGGUUAAGAAUCAAGUGGAGCCCUCCAAGCUGGAGAGAUUCCGCAACAAGCUGGCCGAGCUGUUGUACACAGAUAGAGAUAAUGUGGACGUGUUCAGUGUGCAACUCAAGGAAGGCUCCCCCUAUCCCCUGACCGAUGUCCACUUUGCAGCCCGUUCUGCAACUCAGCAGCCGUACUUCAAGGCAGUACGCCUGAAUGGCGUGGUGCAAAUGCAUCGUGAGGAGAUCGAAAAGGACGUGGGCCUGAACAUCACCAUGGUCAAUAUAAAUGAAUGCUUGCACGAGGGUAAAGGAAAGUGUGGCUCCAGCUCCUGCACCUCCAAAGUGGAGUUGGGCAAAAAACCCUAUACGGUUAGUGUGAACCGCACGGCCUUGGUGGGUGUGCGCUUGGACAUCACUGCUCAGUGUGUGUGCCGGUCGAGGAACUUCACCCACCAGGAUCACAAUUGCAGGACCCACCUGUGCUACAAUGGCGGUCGGUGUGUGGAAACCCGAAGUGGUCCGAAAUGUGUGGCCUGUCCGGUGGGCUACAAUGGCCCGCGAUGCCAGCAAUCCACGAGAAGUUUUCGCGGCAAUGGCUGGGCCUGGUAUCCUCCACUGCAGCUCUGCCAGGAAUCGCAUCUCAGCUUGGAGUUCAUCACUCGCGUGCCCGACGGCUUGAUACUAUACAAUGGACCCAUUGUCCCACCAAAACCGGACGAAACCGUGAUCAGCGACUUUAUAGCCAUCGAACUGGAGCAGGGCUAUCCCCGACUACUCAUCGAUUUCGGCUCGGGCACCUUGGAGCUGAGAGUGAAGACCAAGAAGACCCUGGACGAUGGGGUCUGGCAUCGCUUGGAUAUUUUCUGGGACUCCGAAAAUGUGCGCAUGGUUGUGGACUUCUGCCGCACUGCUUUGGUCUCCGAAAUGGAGGACGGCACUCCGCCGGAAUUCGAUGACAAUGCCUGCCAGGCGAGGGGACAAAUUCCGCCCUUCGCCGAGUCCCUAAAUCUGAAUCAGCCCCUUCAGCUGGGCGGACUCUAUAGACAGCACUUCGAUCAGACCCUGUACAAUUGGCAGUAUGCCUUCAGCUCCAAGGGCUUCGAUGGCUGUAUACGCAACGUUAUCCACAACUCGGAGCACUAUGAUUUGGCAUUUCCCGCUUUGGCCAGGAAUAGUUUUCCCGCCUGUCCGCAGACCGACGAAGUUUGCCUGAAAACCGAGCACACAGCUCGCUGUUGGGAGCAUGGAAACUGUGUGGCCAGCUUGGUUCAGGCCAAGUGCCAUUGCCAGCCGGGCUGGAUGGGUCCUGGCUGUAAUGUACCCACCAUUCCGACGACUUUCAAGACCCAGAGCUAUGUGAAAUUCGCCCUCAGCUUUGAGCCCGACAGAUUUUCCACCCAGCUGCAGCUGAGAUUUCGAACUCGAGAGCAGGGCGGCGAGCUUUUCCGUGUUAGUGAUCAGCACCACAGGGAGUACGCCAUCCUGGAACUUCGAAGGGGCCACCUUCAGUUCCGCUACAAUCUGAACUCCAUGAGAAACGAGGAGCAGCUGCUGACCCUCACCGCAAUCGCCGUAAACGACGGCCAGUGGCAUGUGAUUCGCAUUAGUCGCUAUGGAUCGGCAGCUCUAAUGGAACUGGAUGGCGGCGAGUCGCGGCGCUACAACGAGUCCUUUCACUUCACAGGACACCAGUGGCUGAGCAUCGACAAGCAGGAGGGUGUUUAUGCGGGCGGCAAGGCCGAGUACACGGGAAUCAAGACCUUUGAGGUGCAGUCCGAUUUUCAGAGAAGCUGCUUGGACGACAUCAGGCUGGAUGGAAAACACCUGCCCCUGCCCCCCGCCAUGAAUGGCACCCAAUGGGGCCAGGCGACGAUGGCCCGCAACCUGGAGCGCAACUGCCCCUCGAACAGGCCGUGCUCGAAUGUCAUCUGCCCCGAUCCCUUUGACUGCGUCGACUUGUGGAACGAAUACGAGUGCACCUGCAGCGAGGGGCGCAUCAUGUCCUCGGACACCAAGGGAUGCGUGGACCGCAACGAGUGCCUGGACCUGCCCUGCCUGAACGGAGCCACCUGCAUCAAUCUGGAGCCCCGGCUGCGGUAUCGAUGCAUCUGCCCGGAGGGCUACUGGGGCGAAAACUGCGAGCUGGUGCAGGAGGGACAGCGGCUGAAGCUGAGCAUGGGCGCCCUGGGCGCCAUAUUCGUUUGCCUGAUUAUCAUACUGAUCCUCGCACUGAUCUUCGUGCUCUAUAGCCGCAAACGCAAGACGACCAAGAAGAAGAAGCGCUCAGGACCCGAGAAGGAUGUCCGCGAGACGGUAAUCAGCUACGAGGACGAGGGCGGCGGCGAGGACGACAUGACGGCCUUCGACAUCACGCCACUGCAAAUACCAAUCAGCGCCCAGGGAGAACCGCCGGACAUCGCCGCCUGCAAGAUGCCCAUAAUCUACCCCGUGAUGACGCUGCUGCCACCUGGCCAGGAGCUGAACGUGGCCUAUCUGAUGGAGGAGCGGAAGCAGCGCAUCGACAAGGACAACAACGCGCCGCCCUUCGACGACCUGCGGAACUUCACCUUCGAGGGCAGCGGCAGCAUCGCCGAGUCGCUGAGUUCGCUGGCCUCCGGCACCGAUGAUGAGAAUCAAGACUUUAACUAUCUACAGAACUGGGGUCCACGUUUCAAUGCCCUGGCCGCCAUGUACGUGCACGAUAAGGCGAAAGCCCACCAGUUGGCGUCGGAUGGCGGAGGAGGAUCUGGAGAUGGACCUGGACCUGGACCUGGACCUGGACCUGGAGCCUCAUCAUCAUCACCAUCACCAUCACCGCUGGGAGGCGGUGGCGCAGGAGGCGGAGGAGGCGGCUCUGGAGUUGGGACGCCAGGCAAUGUGCUCGCAGUGGUGGCAACGGGAAGUGGAGCAGGUCCUGGAGGCGGCGGCGGCGGCGGUAGCAGUGGGCUGGUGCCACUGCCCGAUGUCGACAAAGUUGUAUUAUAAAAUAAAUAGUUAAGUUGUAGUUAAAUGAUGUUUCAGCUGUAAGCACGAUGAUGGGGAAAUCCUCAAGACGAAGCAGGUGUUUUGUGUGUUCGUGUGUCUGGUUAGGUUAAUUGUAUGUACAUGUGGCUAACUGUGGAAUUUACGACUAACUUAAGGUUUUAGGUGUUUCUCACGGAUGCGAGGAGUCACUUCCCUUACUAUUUGCUCAAACGCCUCGAUUGAGGCCUUCUGUUAUCUAUUCACCAAUUUAUCAGGAAAAUAAUCCGCGCUGUUAAAUUUCACUAUUGGGAAAUGUGUGAGUCUGUUGAAACUGAUUUAAAGAACUAUCGAGUUAUGUAUUGUUUAUUCAGCGAGUUUUUAAAACUUUAAGACUACGCUUAAUCCACUGGAAAGCUUAUAGCUUUCCCUGGCCUUUCAAAGCACAUCUUCUGGACGAUAUUCAACUGAACCAACUGAGAAAUCGAAUUAAAUUACACGAGUACACUAAGCAUACUACAAUGAAAAAGAGUUUAUGAAACUUGCUAUACGUUAGUUAAAGACCAUGUACUAUAAAUACGCCGUUAACUCUGUAGCACGUAAGUUGAACCAAACUAAGCCGGAAUUCGGCCAACUGAAAAUGUUGAGCGUUGCAACAUUUGUGUGCCGCCGACUGGGGAACGUGUCCGAUGGCCACCGAGCCAGGUGGCAGCUGAAAAGCAGCGGUGAAAGCUGCCACCGAACCCACGCAGCCACAAAAGUUUGCAGAGCGAGGUGGAAAUUUAAUAAAAGUACGAAAUCAUAACUAACUUUGGUGAAAAUUGAAGGUAAAUGGGGAAGCUCUACUGUAACAUAAUUUUGUACAUAUUCAAUUCUGUAAUCUUACGACUAAAUUAACGGCUACUAUAGCAUAGAACGAAAACAAAACCACUAAUAGACUAAUUAACAACAAUUAAACCUACAUUUAAUUAACGACAAGCCGGAGACGAAGACGAAGACGGUCCCAAAUACGAGUGUUGAUCAAACCAAUUUCAUAUUUCUGCAUUUACUAGCAACUACACAACCGUACAGAAAAUGAAAGUAUUAAGCAUAACAUUGUAAUAUGUAUUAAAGUAUGAGUCAUAAACGAAGCAAAUGGUUAAUUACAUUUACGUUAGUUAAUGGACAAUUUGUUAGUAGCUAGCGUCUAAGCAUAAUUUUUUAAAAAUCAA